AUGCCGUCCAAUCUAUCCCGACCCACGGAAUACGGAUAUGUAUGCUCCCGUGGCGGAUGCCAAGCUGCUGCCCGGCAAAAGCGCAAACGGCCGAGGACCAGCUCCCCGACGGUCUGCGCACUUUCUCAUGUUUCUUCUGCUCCUGCUUCUACGACGCUCACGCCUGGACCUGAGUGGACUUCGCUCCAUCGCCAGGGGCGAGACGUGUUGACGGAUCUCGGGCGACGGACUGCGACGGGCGUCGGACGCGUCGGCGCCGUGCAACGGGACUCGGGCCGGUGCCGUGAGGGGGGAGGAAGGUAUCCGUGGGCGAAUCAUCCCGGGGUUCGACCGCCGCCACUCCGCCUGACUUGA